CACUAAUCUCUUUAAUCUCAUCACAUAAACUCUCAUAAUUAUCUAAAACUCACAUGGUAUCAGAGCUAUAAGCUCUUGAAACCUAUGCACUUCCGCAAAUCUUUCACUCUUUUAAUUUUUAUUUCUUUCUUUUUUACAAAUCUACUCUGUUUUCUUACUGUUCUUGAACUGUUCUUGAGCUGUUCUUGAUGGAUUCUGAAGAAAACUCAAAGAGGGUUGUGAUUCCAGUUACUCUCAAGGGAGUCAACUACUUACUAUGGGCAAGGCUCACAAAGACAGCUCUUGGAGGCAGAGGUCUCUGGGAUAUUGUUGAAGCAGGCAGGAUCCUUGAGAAGAAAACUAUCCUAGGAGAGGAUGGCAAAGUGGUGGUGGUUGCUGAAGCUGGUGAUAAGAAGAAAGUUCAAGAGGAUCUUAUGGUUCUGUCUAUCAUCCAGAGCAGCCUUGAAACCUCUAUUUUAGAAGCUUACUCGUACUGUGUGACUUCCAAAGAUCUAUGGGAUACACUCAAGAAGGUGUUUGGAAAUGUCUCUAACAUCAGUAGAGUGUUUGAAGUCAAGAGGGCUAUUAACAACCUGUGUCAAGAGGAUACUGAGUUUGAUAAACACUUUGGGAAGUUCAGAUCUUUAUGGGCUGAACUAGAAAUGCUGAGACCAUCUACUGUGGAUCCUGAGGUGCUGAACCAGAGAAGAGAGCAGGAUAAAGUCUUUGCUCUGUUGUUUACUCUUAACCCAGGAUAUGGUGAUUUAAUCAAGCAUAUUCUGAGGGGUAAUGAGUUACCAUCACUGGAUGAAGUAUGUAAUCAAAUCCAGAAGGAACAAGGUUCAGUGGGUCUCUUUGGAGGAAAGAAAGAUCUGGUACUCGCAAAUCAAGCUGAUGGAGCUGAGGCAGUAGCCAACAAAGGACAUUUCAAGCCUGAAGACAAGAAAGUGUGGGUCUGUGACCACUGCAAGAAGAAAGGACAUGGAAGAGAUAAGUGCUGGAUACUCCACCCCCACUUGAAGCCACAUAAAUUUAGAAAUGAAGCAAGAGCUAACUACACUGGUGAUGUGAGUGAUGUUGGACCUGUGCGCAACAAUGGAGGAGGAUAUGAGAAGGCCAUGGCUUCCAGUAGCAGCUCAACAAUGAGUAACACACAAGAUGAGACUAUCAAGCGCUCAGACAUUGAAGCUCUCAACAAAAUCCUCAAAGAUAACUCUGGAUAUUGAAACUAGUAGGGUGCUUGGCAAAGGUGUGACAAAAGGAGACUUGUACUUACUUGAAGACACCAAGCCAUCAGCCGAUUUAUCUCAUGCUUUAUAUUCCAUUUCUGAUUUACCUAAAGAUGUUUUAUGGCAUGCUAGAUUAGGACAUCCUCACUCUAGAGCUUUAAACAUCAUGUUGCCUAGUAUUUCUUUUAAAACUGAUUGUGAGGCUUGUAUCUUAGGCAAACAUUGCAAAAGUGUGUUCUCUAAAUCAAGUACUAUAUAUGAAAAUUGCUUUGAUCUUGUUCACUCUGAUGUAUGGACUGCUUCAUGCAUAUCUAGAGAAAAUCAUAAGUACUUUGUGACCUUUAUAGAUGAAAAAUCUAAAUACACUUGGAUCACACUGUUACCAUCUAAAGAUAGGGUCUUAGAAGCUUU